CUCAGGAGAAAUCCAAACAGAAAGGAACGAGAGCUUACGGGACUGCCAGUGCGUGGGAAAAAAAGAUAGAUAUAAGUAAGCCCACGGAUUCCAAGUUGGAAGAGUCUCUUCUACAUGGAGACGCGCAAUGUCAUCUACAGCGAGCGAGAGACGGGCGUUUGCUCACAAAAUUAACCGGACGGUGGCCUCAGAGGUCAGAAAGCAAGUGUCAAGAGAGUAUGGUUCCCCACAGCUUUCCAAGAAGAGAGGAGGAGUUCACCAGCCCGUCCCCCUGUCCGAGGUGGUGGAGCCCGUGGACUUUGAGGAGUAUGUGAGCAGCCACGCCCCGGGGGCGGAGCCUGGUCCCCUCCGUCAGCUGAUGGAGUUCCCCCCGGACGACCUGAACCUGGUGCAGCAGGUGAAGGAGUGCUCCACCCUGGAGCCGCCGCUGCCUGAAGAGGACCCACUGGACCCUAGAGUGAGAGACGCCCUGGCAGUCUACACAGAUGACUGGCUCGUCAUUCAGAGAAAGUAUCAACACUACAGUACCGCAUACAGCCCCCACAACUCUGAGAGCCAGCGAGAGAGGCAGCGAGGUCUGGUCAAACAGACCUUUGAGCUCGAUGAGGUGGCGGCCGCCGAUCGCCAUGACGACCAGGACGACAUCAAGCGGCGCUCGGCCUCCCUGGACGACACGCCGCGCGGCAGCUGGGCCUCCAGCAUCUUCGACCUGAAGAACUCGUCGCCGGACGUCCUGCUUCCCGCCGUCCUGGAGCGCGCCGCCGCCGAGGACCUGGACCGGCGCAACACGGAGGCGCGGCUGCAGGGGCGUCACCCCGACCUGCUGGGGCUGUACCCCACGCCCGACGAGGACGAGGCGGUGGAGAGGUGCUCCCUACCCGAGGUGCCCAAGGAGCACUGUGGCCAGAGGAUCAUGGUGAAGUGUCUGUCCCUCAAAUUUGAAAUUGAAAUCGAGCCGAUAUUCGGGACACUCGCGCUGUACGACGUCAAGGAGAAAAAGAAGAUCUCGGAGGACUUCCACUUUGACCUCAACUCGGAUCAGAUGAAGGGCCUGCUGAAAGUCCACACCCCCAACACGGCCAUCUCCACCAUGGCCCGCUCCGCCAUCUUCUCCAUCACCUACCCCUCCGCCGAUAUCUUCCUGGUCAUCAAGCUGGAGAAAGUGCUGCAGCAGGGUGACAUCGGAGAUUGCUGUGAGCCCUACAUGGUGAUGAAGGAGUCGGAUUCAGCCAAGCACAAGGAGAAGCUGGAGAAGCUGCGCUCGCAGGCGGAGCAGUCGUGCACCCGUCUGGGCCGCUUCCGCAUGCCCUUCGCCUGGACCGCCAUCCACCUGCUCAACAUCGUCAGCAGCGUGGGCGGACUGGACCGCAGCGACCCCGACUCGGACUCCGAGAAAAAAAGCCACAGCGGCACGUGGAACGAGAGGAAGAAGAAGGGCUUUGAGCGCAUGAGCGUGGGGGAGGACAUGUGCAACUUUGCCACCUUCCGGCCGGCGACACUGACCGUCACCAACUUCUUCAAGCAGGAAGGAGACAGACUGAGCGAUGAAGAUCUGUACAAGUUUUUGGCCGACAUGCGCCGACCUUCUUCUGUUCUUCGACGACUCAGGCCUGUCACGGCCCAGCUGAAGAUCGACAUCUCCCCCGCGCCCGACUCCCCUCACUACUGUCUGUCCCCCGAGCUGCUGCACGUCAAGCCCUACCCGGACCCCCGUGUCCGGCCCACCAAGGACGUGCUGGAGUUCCCCGCGCGCUACGUGUACACGCCCCACACCACCUACAGGAACCUGCUGUAUGUGUACCCACAGAGCCUGAACUUCAACAGUCGUCAGGGCUCGGUGCGCAACAUUGCGGUGAAGGUUCAGUUCAUGGCAGGGGAGGAUCCCAGCCUGGCCAUGCCUGUGAUCUUCGGGAAGUCCAGCUGUGCAGAGUUCAUGAAGGAGGCGUACACGCCCAUCAUCUACCACAACAAGUCCCCCGAGUUCUACGAGGAGACCAAGAUGAAGAUUCCCGCCAACCUGACGGACAACCACCACCUGCUGUUCACCUUCUACCACAUCAGCUGCCAGCCCAAGCAGAACACCCCCCUGGAGACCCCCGUGGGCUACACCUGGAUCCCCCUGAUGCAACAUGGCCGCCUGCGCACCGGCUCCUUCAGUCUGCCCGUCUCUGUGGAGAAGCCCCCACCUAGCUAUUCCGUCCUCACCCCAGACGUCCAGCUACCUGGCAUGAAGUGGGUGGAUAACCACAAGGGCGUGUUCAACGUGGUGGUGACUGCUGCCUCCUCUGUUCACACACAGGACCCCCACCUGGACAAGUUCUUCACGCUGGUGUACGUGCUGGAGGAGUACUCGUUCCCCUUCCGCCUGAAGGACGUCAUCAUCACGGAGGCCAACAUGGAGGGCGAGCUGAAGGCCAGCAUGGCGGCACUGCGCGGGGCUCUGCUGGACACCUGCGUGCGCUUCCUGCACCAGCUGCUCAGCAAGCUCAUCCUGCUCAUCGUGUACCCGCCCGUCAUCGCCGGCCAGAUCGUCAACCUGGGCCGGGCGGCGUUCGAGGCCAUGACGCUGCUGGUCAAUCAGAUCCACAAGAACCUGGAGGGCAACCAGGACCAGCACGGCCGCAACAACCUGCUGGCCUCCUACAUCCACUACUGCUUCCACCUGCCCACCGUCGAGCCAAGCGUGCCCCCCACGACGGGCACGCCGCCCUACGAGCUGCCCAUCCAGUACGCCACGCUGUCCAGGGCCAGCGGCCGGCCCAGCAGCCUGCACCUGUCCCGCUCCAAGAGCAUCAGCAACUCCAACCCCGACCUCGCCACCAGCCCGGCCACCCCUGACCAGGAGGUGCAGAGGAUCAUCGGCAGCAAGGGCAUAGACCGCUCCCAUUCUUGGGUAAACUCUGCUUAUGGCCCUGGGGGCCCCAGAUCGGUGCUCCGUCGGAAUCCCAACUCCAGCUGUGAUCUCAAGCAGGCAAGCGAGCGCAGCUGCAAUCGCAUGUCUGCCUUUUUGGACAGCGCCACCUUGUGCUCAGUACCCACAAGGCAGUUGGCCAAGAAGCUGCUCCACGAGGAGCUGGCGUUGCAGUGGGUGGUCAGUACCAGCGCUGUCCGGGAGGCCUCCCUGCAGCAGGCCUGGUUCUUCUUCCAGCUCAUGACCAAGAGCAUGGCGCACCACCUCUUCAUGUCCUCCCGGCUGGACCUUCCUCGCCGCCAGCGCUUCCCCGACCGCUUCGUGGACGACAUCGCCGCGCUGGUUGGCGCCAUAAGCUCGGACAUCGGCAACCGACACCAGAAGGACGUGGAGCUGGUGGAGAGACUAAACACCAGUCUGGCCUUCUUCCUCAACGAGCUGCUGUCCCUUAUGGACAGGGGCUUUGUGUUCAACCUGAUCCGCUCCUACUAUAAACAGAUCUCCAGCAAGCUGCACACGGCCCAGAACCCCAGCUCCCUGAGCGCCCUGCGGAUGGACUUCACCCGCAUCGUGUGCAGCCACGAGCACUACGUCACUCUCAACCUGCCCUGCGCCACCCUCAGCCCGCCGGCCUCGCCCUCGCCCUCCACCUCCUCCACCACCUCCCAGAGCUCGGCCUUCUCCAGCAUGGUGCAGGACCCGGGCGUGGCCAGCAUGUUUGAGCUCUCCGUCCCCUUCCGUCACCAGCACUUCCUGUCCGGCCUUCUGCUCUCCGAGCUCUCCCUCAUCCUGGACCCCGACGGGGAAGGGGUCUUCUUCCUCCACAAGAAAGCCAUCAGCGCCGUCCACUCCCUGCUGUGCAGCCAUGACGCCGACCCCCGCUACACCGACCCCCAGGUCCGGGCGCACAUCGCUCAGCUCUACCUGCCGCUCAUCCUCAUCGUCAUGGAGACGCUGCCCCAGCUCCACGACUUCACCGACAACUCUCCUUCUCGGGGGCGCCUCGCCUCCACCCUGGCGGACGGCGGUGACCCAGACAACGGCAGCACCAUUAAUCAGUCUGUCGCCAUGGCGAUCGCCGGCUCCCCGUUGCCGCACGCCAAGACGAACGCCUUCGCCCUGCCAACGGCGGCCGGGCGCCAGUCCAGCUCCCUGUCGGCCGAGUGCAGCCGCACCCUGCUGGUGUGUUUCCUCUGGGUGCUGAAGAACGCCGACGCGGGCCUCCUGGAGCAGUGGGUGUCGGACCUGUCGGUGAUGCAGAUCAACCGGCUGCUGGACCUGCUGCACCUCUCAGUGUCCUGCUUCGAGUACAGGGGUAAGAAGGCCCUGGAGAGGAUCAACAGCCUGACCUUCAAGAAGUCCCAGGACAUGAAGGCCCGUCUGGAGGAGGCCAUCCUGGGCACCAUCGGGGCCCGCCAGGAGAUGGUGCGACGCUGCAGAGAGAGAAGCCCUUACGGCAGUCAGGAAAACGUGCGCUGGAGGAAGAACGUCACGCACUGGAGACAGAACGCAGACCGAGUCGAUAAGACCAAGGCCGAGGUGGAGCAGGAGUCGGUGGUGGACGGGAACCUGGCGACCGAAGCCUCUCUGGUCGUACUGGACACACUGGAGAUCGUCGUCAAGACGGUGGUGGAGUCUGAGCUGAAGGAGAGCGUCCUGGGUGGCGUGCUAAGGGUCCUUCUCCACAGCAUGGCGGGCAACCAGAGCGCCGUGUUCCUGCAGCACUGCUUCACCACCCAGCGGGCGCUCGUCUUCAAGUUCCCGGAGAUGCUGUUCGAGGAGGACACGGAGCUGUGUGCCGACCUGUGCCUGCGUCUCCUGCGGCACUGCAGCAGCAGCGUGGGCUCGGUGAGGAGCCACGCCUCCGCCUCCCUCUACCUCCUGAUGAGGCAGAACUUUGAGAUCGGCAACAACUUUGCCCGCGUGAAGAUGCAGGUGACCAUGUCCCUGUCCUCGCUGGUCGGGACGUCCCAGAGCUUCAACGAGGACCACCUGCGGCGCUCCCUGAAGACCAUCCUGACCUACGCCGAGGAGGACCUCGAGCUCAGGGACUCGCCCUUCCCGGAGCAGGUCCAGGACCUGGUGUUCAACCUGCACAUGAUCCUGACCGACACGGUCAAGAUGAAGGAGCACCAGCACGACCCGGAGAUGCUCAUUGACCUCAUGUACAGGAUCGCCAAGGGCUACCAGAACUCUCCGGACCUGCGUCUGACGUGGCUCCAGAACAUGGCCGGCAAGCACUCUGAGCGGGGCAACCACGCCGAGGCGGCCCACUGCCUGGUGCACAGCGCCGCCCUGGUGGCCGAGUACCUCAACAUGCUGGAGGACUGCCGCUACCUCCCCAUUGGCUGCGUCACCUUCCAGAACAUUUCCUCCAACGUUCUGGAGGAGUCGGCGGUGUCGGAUGACAUCCUGUCCCCAGAGGAGGAGGGCAUCUGCACGGGGAAGUACUUCAGCGAGUCGGGCCUGGUGGGCCUCCUGGAGCAGGCAGCUGCCUCCUUCAAUAUGGCCGCCAUGUACGAGGCCAUCAACGAGGUCUACAAGAUCCUGCUGCCCGUCCACGAGGCCAACAGGGACUUCAAGAAGCUGGCCGCGGUCCACGGCAAGCUGCAAGACGCCUUCAACAAGGUCUACAACCAGAGCUCCGGAUGGGAGAGGAUGUUUGGGACGUACUUCCGCGUGGGUUUCUACGGCUGCCGCUUCGGAGACCUGGACGAGCAGGAGUUUGUCUACAAGGAGCCGUCUAUCACCAAGUUAGCGGAGAUCUCUCACCGUCUUGAGGAGUUUUACUGUGAACGUUUCGGGGAUGACGUGGUGGAAAUCAUCAAGGACUCCAGCCCGGUGGACAAGAACAAACUGGAUCCGAACAAGGCCUACCUGCAGAUCACCUACGUGGAGCCCUUCUUCGACACGUACGAGCUGAAGGAGCGAAUCACGUACUUCGACAAGAACUACAACCUGCGCACCUUCAUGUACUGCACGCCGUUCACGCUGGACGGCCGCGCCCACGGCGACCUGCACGAGCAGUACAAGCGCAAGACCAUCCUUACCAUGCUGCACGCCUUCCCCUACGUCAAGACCCGCGUCAACGUGCUGCAGAAGGAGGAGAUCAUCCUGGUUCCCAUGGAGGUGGCCAUCGAGGACAUGCAGAAGAAGACCCAGGAGCUGGCCUUCGCCACGCACCAGGAGCCCUCCGACUCCAAGAUGCUGCAGAUGGUGCUGCAGGGCAGCGUGGGCACCACGGUGAACCAGGGUCCCUUGGAGGUGGCCCAGGUCUUCCUCUCUGACAUCCCUGACGACCCCAAGCUGUUCCGCCACCACAACAAGCUGCGGCUGUGCUUCAAGGACUUCACUAAGAGGUGUGAGGACGCCCUGCGGAAGAACAAGACCCUGAUCGGGCCGGACCAGAAGGAGUACCACCGGGAGCUGGAGAGGAACUACAACAAGCUGAAGGAGGCGCUGGGCCCGCUCAUCAACCGCAAGAUCCCCCAGCUCUACCGGCCGCUGGCGGUGCAAGCCACGCAGAUACAGCGGAACUCCUACAACAGGUCGAGCCUUCGAAGAGUGGACUGCUAAAGCACAGAGACACUCAGGCUUUAAUCCUCUGUCGUGCCCUCAACCCCCUCCACCCUUCCUCUCCCUCCCUCCCUCCCUCCCUCCCACACACACACACACACACACACACACACACACACACACACACACACACACACACACACACACACACACACACACACACACACACACACACACACACACACACACACACACACACACACACACACACACACACACACAGGGAGCCCACCAACUGUCACCAACACAGACACAACCAUCCUGUCCCAGCAGCUCUAGCUUGUUAAUUCCCCUCCCCCUCCCCUCAUCUCUGCCGCCAGCAGUCACGGCAUAUUAGCCGGCCGACCCUGCACCCCUCCCUGCUCCGACUCACACACCACCACCACCACCACCACCGC